CCGCCUUCUUUGUCGCUGUUGUUUUUUCUCCUUCUAGUGACUCCUUCAAGCAAUACAGCAAAGGAUCAUGUGAACCACACAGAUAAGCAAACGUGGAAAAAUUCGUCGCCGGACAGCUCACGUGAGCUCCAAAAAGAUUCUUUGUCGAUCCUCUUCAUUUCAAGCUUCUUUUCCGGACAUAUUAUUCCACUUCUGGCCGUCGGAGAAGAGCUUGUGAUACGGGGGCACAGCGUGUCGUUUCUAACGACAGAGGUGUCCGGAUCAAGACUGGUUCCGGACGUCCUGAAAGAUAUUGGGCUGCAGUUCAUCAGCGCAGGCCCGGACCCGCGCACCAGGGUACAAUACGAGGAAGCGAUAUACGGACUAAUGGGAAAGCACCUUCUGGAACAAGUACAGGAGAUAGCGACUUUUGCAAGAGAUCACACUGUAAAACUUAGAAUUGCUUGCGAUCGGCUCAAUUUUUCUCGUUGGGAUAUAGUCGUAGUGGAUUCCCUUCUCUUCAACUUGAUUCGCUACAUCGACCUGAAGUGGGGGUCGAAUGUUGUGCUCAGCACGGCCGUUGCUGCAGACUAUGCUAGUAUCGAAUCACCCUGGCCCUCUCCUUCCACAAAUGUCGUCGGCUGCUCGGAAAAUUUGUCUUUCUACCGACGACUUUUGAAUGCUGUCUUUUUCAAAAAUCCGCUAGUGUCUUUUUGGAGAAUGCGGUCGAUGAAAGAAUACACAGCUGGAAAUGAUGGCGCAAUGUUGGAUGUCGUUAGUAGCGAUCCUCUUUUUCAUCAUUACCCCGACGAAUUCCACCCUUCGUUGGUUUACUCCGCAGUUGGGGUGGAGUAUGCACGACCGACUUACCCCGGCGUCCACAUGGUCGGGCCGGUCCUACGGAGUAGAAUUACUCCACUUCACCCCAAUUUAGUCGAGACAAUGACAUGGAUCUUUCCUAAGACGGGUAAUGUCAUUACGACAGGGACGACAAACCAAGCUCUGCUCAGUGGUGCCCAGUGUUAGGGCCAAUUCCCGACAAAAUUCAUCCCUCCAUGACAUAGGCGAUGAUAGAUUUGUGUGCACUUGAUCGCAUAAACUGCAUACUGUAGCAGUAGGCUGGCUUACUGGUGGUGUAGUAAACGCCAGCCGUCUUCUACUUGA